AUGGCUUACGAUGGUGUAUGGUUCUCCAUGGAAGAGGCUGAGAGGAUCUUCAACAUCUUCCUCUUCAAGAUAUUCCGACGAAAGGGCAAGAAGCCGUCCCCUACCUACGAUUUCAUCGCCGAUUUCAUCACCAAGGAGGUGCUCGGUUGGUUGAUCACUUUCCCCUACGAGUUACUUGCCAAAUACGUGGCUCGAGGUGUGUAUCAUAUCAAUGGUGUGGCAUCUGCUAGUGUGGUUGGA